AAAAAUCCCCUCGUCCGAUCCCGUCGCCGCUGCUGCCUACCCCGCCUUCUACCGGUGCGCUACCACUCCCGCCUCCUUCUGGCGCGCCGUCAUCCCCGCCUCCUACCGGCGCGCCGCCGGACCCUCCUUCUUCCCUGGAGCGCCGCCACCCCGCUGCCCUCGCCAUCUUCCCGAGCGCGCCGCUGCCGCUGUCUUCCCCAGAGCGCCACCGCCCCGCCACCCCCGCCCACGGGACCAGUGGUCCCAUCGUCGGUCUCCCCCCACCCAGAUCUGCCGGAGGCGCACCGGAUCCUGCCUCACGGCCGGUUCCCGCGACUCGGCCGCCGCCCCAACCGCUGGAGCAGCCGAACACCUCCACUAGGUGCCCCGGCGGUUUGGACCCCCACCUGGCCCCUCCCUCGAACCCCGCGAGCCUCCGCCCCGACCUACUUCCCGCGCGAGGUCACCUCCGCCUCCUCCUGGCGCACCGCCGCCCCCACCAUCUCCACCUCCGCCUCCGCCGAUGCCUCCUUCUCCACCUCCGUUCGCAAGCGAUGGCGGCCGCGGUCUUCACCCCCAGCCACCAUGGCUGCAGAUCCACCCACGGCCGGUCGUCUAAGCUUCAAGCAUGGAUGGAUGGAUUCAGGAAGGUAUCCUUCCUCCCUGGGUGGAGCGAGCUGCAGAUCCCGUCCGGUCCUCCGGAACCGGCCAUCUCCGCCUCCUCCUCGCCGCCGCCGCUGGGGAUCACGUCUUCACCAAACGCGAGCUCCGCCCCAUCCGACCGACCGCAAAGGGAGAUAGGACAUGGCGGAAACAAAACUGCACGGCGAUGUGCAUUUCUGCAACACAUCAGACGGAAGAAAAAGCAACAUGAAGUUCCUGUCUCCAUCAAACUGCUUUCACUUAUAUUCUGCCGAAUUUCUUCCUUCUAUGGGACUGUACAUAGGGAUUAUCUACAAGGGUUAUGUCCUUUCCAGGUAGAUUAUCUUAUAGGACGGGCGAAAUGCAACAGAAGAAGCUCCUCCGCUGCUACUCGCCAAACUCCAAGCAAAAAGGACCUUCCACUUUCCUUGCUAAUGGUGAGCAACUCAAAGAUGUCUAAAAGGUUACGCUUAAUAUUUACCCUCCGUAUCUUAUUUACUUGACCAUUACAUGUAUAGAUACUUUCAGAGAACAUGUAUAUAUAGCUGCAGAUCCUGCAUUUACUUGACCUCUUUCUCUGUCAGGAGGAUAUUCAAUACCAAGAUUUAUGAUUUGGCAUAAGUGAGAUGACAUACAAGUGAGUUUAAGUCGUGAGAGUGAAAUAGCAACAGUUUAAUUAUCAUACCGCCGGCAACUGCACCUCAACUGCGGAAAAAGAAAUCUUGAAGAACCAAGACCACCACCAGCUGGAAGAAGGUAAAAAUCCUUUUUUUUUCUUCUCCCUCAUUUGAUUUCCAUUUCCUCGCAGCUCUAGGUAAUUUCGUGACCUACCUCUUGGUAAGUCACCUAUCUGCAGAAUGCAUAUUGUGUCAGAUAUACAGUGAAAAAACACCACAAUGCAAGUGUCAGAUCCUGUUCUUGGUGCAAUUUUGCAACUAUGUUCUGGACUGUAAGCAACUGCUUCAUGUUAAACUAAAGCUCCAAUCAGGCUUGUGGCUCUUUUGUUUACAUUAUGAGUAGUUGUUCUUAUAAGAUGUUCGUUAUCUAGGUAAAACUUGGGAACAUGUAUGGAUGGACAAUACUAUAUGGAUUUGGUCAUUUUAUUGACUAAUUAUACAGCGUAUGAACUUAUAGAGUUUAGAGUUGUUUAUCCUGUUCUAAUGCUGGAGUUAAAAGUUUCAUGUAGCUAAUGCCAUCAUCUUUAUAAUAGAGCGGCAACAUACUCCGUAAGUUUUCACCCUACUCUAGGAAGCCAUUUCAUCAGUUUUUGGCUUCUGACACACUCGGAGCAACAAAUUUUGUGCUGCUAAUUGUACUGUCCUCUCUGUUCUCUCUCUUUGCACUUACUUGUGAUUUUUGCUUAUGUCCGCGUACAGAUUUCAUCCAGGAAAUUUAGUCCUAGGGACUUUGAUAUACAAUGAUACACCAAAGCAAGCAAAGAAGCCAAAAGAAGUUAAAUGUUUUUACCUGCUGGCAUCCGAUGAGCAGUUGCAGGUGUCAACCAUAGUGUGUGACUCAGCAAUGGGAAAGAGUGUUCACACUCCUUUCUUUACACUUGAGCUAGAACAUGGUGGUCUUUUCUGUGGAUCUAUCACUGCCCCAGAGUAUUAUAACUCUUCUUUGGAGGUCCUUGACUAUGUUGAUGCUUGCACAUUUUCAUAUGCAGUCUUAGAAGAACACCUAAAAUGGUUGGGAUAUCCUGCCAAUGAGCACAUUAUUUACUGGUGUUUACCUGAGAAAACACUUUUAGAUGGCUUGGUGAGAAUUAAGGGUGAUGAGGAUUUGCAGCAUCUUAUCACAGCUAGUGCUCAGCACAAAGUUCUUGCAAUUAUGGUUGACCAUGUAGACUUCAUCUGCAAUUUCAGAGAAGAUUUGAUAAUAAAGCUGCCAUCUGUUGUAAACCAUGUCAGAAUGGGCAACUCAAUUGUUGGUGCAAGCAGUGCAUCAUGUGGUCAGAGCAUUAUUUCAGUGAAUGUUGAAGAUCCAAUUUCAGAGGUUGCAGUUGAUGGGACAACAGAAGAUGAUGUUCUGACAGAUUUGCUUAAUUCUGUUGCUGACCCAAAUUUGCUGACAUACUGUGCAGAGCCUGACCUAUUUAUAAGUGCAGAGCAAGACCUCCUUAAUUGUGCACAGCCAGACUAGGUUAAUGCUGUAGAGACAAAUGUGAUUGUUGCUGCUGCAGAUCCAAAUUUGCAACCUGAAAAUGAUGUGCUGUCAGAUUCAGAUUUCAGUGACAGUGAUUAUGAAAUAGAUGAUGGAGAUGAUGAUCUUUAUGAAGAAAACAUUGACUUUGAUGUUGAUGAAGAGGCUGAGCAAGAGGAGGUAGAGGUUGAGCCUGACUAUGUCCUUGAAGAUGAAGAUCUCAACCUCUCCACACAAGCACAAGAUCAACUGAAGUACAAAUUCAGAGCUUUCAAUUCCAAGGUGGACAUGAAAUCCCCUGUUUUUAAACUAGGUAUGGUAUUUGCUGAUGUGGUUGAGUUGAGGAAAGCUCUCAAGGCCUAUUCAACAAAGAACAGAGUGCAGAUCAAGAAGCUUAAGAAUGACAAGAUCAGAUUGGAGGCAGUUUGUCAGGGUGGUGGUUGCCCAUGGGUGCUUAGGGCUGGAAAUGACAACAGGACUGGAGGUUUUGUCAUCAAGGCAUAUAAUGGAUUGCAUAAGUGCCAGAAGAAGUGGAAGUUAAAGGAUAUGACAGCAAAAUUCCUAUGCAACUUUUUCAUUGAUGAGUUCAGAGAUGACCAGAAGAUGUCCAUUGGAACAUUUUCAAGGAAAAUAACAAAGGAAUUCAAUGUUACUUCUAAUAGAUGGAAGCUUGCUAGGGCUAGGAAGCAAGCACUUAAGGAGAUACAUGGUGAUGAGGAAGAGCAGUUCAGCAGGCUAUGGGAUUAUGGGCAUGAGCUAAGGAGCAAAAACCCUGGGUCUACAUUUCUGCUAACAACUACACUUGUCAAAGAUACAAAAUUUCCAAUGGGCAGAAAAUGUUUGAAAACAUUAUAUUGGUCAUAUGAUGCUUGUAAGAGAGGAUGGCUAAAGGGCUGCAGGCCUAUUCUCUUUAUUGAUGGUUGUCAUAUGAAAACAAGGUUUAAAGGAGUGCUCCUUAGUGCUGUUGGAAUUGAUCCUAAUGACUGCAUAUUUCCCAUUGCAAUGGGCUGGGUGGAAGUAGAAUGCAAAGGUUCAUGGGAGUGGUUUUUGACCACUCUAAAAGAUGAUCUAAAUAUUACAAACACAGCUCCUUUCACAGUUAUGAGUGACAAGCAGAAAGGGUUAAUAAUUGCUGUGCACAAGGUUUGGCCAGAUGCAGAACACAGGUUUUGUGUGAGGCAUAUUUACCAAAAUUUUAAUGAGAAGCACAAAGGAGAGGUACUGAAGCAAGAUCUGUGGGCUAUUGCAAGAUCACCAAACAAGGUAAAAUGGAGAGAGAACUGUCAGAAAAUGGAUGAUCACUGCCAAGCUGCCUUCCACUGGACUGAGAGGCUUGAGCCAAACACAUGGUGCAAGGUAUUCUUCAGGGAUUUUCCCAAAUGUGACAUCCUGCUUAACAACAACUCUGAAGUGUUUAACAGCUACAUUCUUGAUGGCAGAGAGAUGGCAGUGCUUAGUAUGCUUGAAUAUAUCUUCUACAAGAUCAUGCACAGGCUAGUGAGUAAACAAAGGGAAGCUAUAGAAAAGUGGGUAGGCCAGAGAAUAUGCCCAAAGAUUCAGAAGAAAUUGGAUAAGAAUACAGAGUUUGCUGCAAACUGCCAUGUAUCUGAAGCUGGACAACAAUUGUUCAAAGUACAGUCUGGUAACAAUUGUUACACAGUGGAUCUUACUUUGCACACAUGUGAUUGCAGAAGAUGGCAGUUGUCAGGAGUACCAUGUGGUUAUUGUAUAGCAUGUUGCAGGGAGGAGAGGAUUGACCCAGAGAUAAUGGUUCAUGACUGCUACACAGUCCAGACAUAUCUCAAGGCAUAUGGGUACACUCUUGUUCCUCUUGCAGACCCAAAGCAUUGGGAGAAACAGAAUGGGUACAAGGUGCAUCCACCAGUGUUUACUAAACAGUUGGGAAGACCCAAGAAGAAUAGGAAGAAAGCACCAGAGGAGAAGAUCAAGAAUGGUGUUAGGGUUCUGAACAGAAAAGGUGUGACAAUGCACUGCUCAAUUUGUGGCAGAGCUGAUCACAACAGGAAGGGGCACUACAAAUGGCUGGAAAGUCUCAUUCAAGAUGGGAUAGAGGUGGUUGAUGAAAGCUAUGAUGACCCUACCUUUCUUCAGAACAUUUUCCCAAACAAUGUAGAUCCUCUGUUGGAUCCAAUUGAUUCACCAACAAGUAUGGUUUUCACCAUGGCUCAAAGGGAAAUUUCUACAAGAGCUCCUCAAAGGGCAUAUGGCCCAUUACCACAGCAGUCUGCCUUUGUUGCUGCUGGUGGUGCUGCAAUACCUCAGCCAGUGAUCACCACAGAGAUGCUCAUUGGUAGACAGACAAGGGUAAACACAAUAGCUCAAAGAGAAGAAGGAAGAGCAAAUAAAAGACAAAGAAAUGCACCUCCAGGCAGAGGAAGAGGAGCAGAUUCAGCUGCAGGCAGAGGCAGAGGUGCAGCUCCAGCUGCAGGCAGAGGAAGAAGUGUAACUCCAGCUGCAGGCAGAGGAAGAGGUGCAACUCCAGCUCCAGGCAGAGGAAGAGGUGCAGCUCCAAAUGCAGGUAGAGGAAGAGGUGCUGCUCCAGAUGCAGGCAGAGGAAGAGGUGCUGCUCCAGUUGCAGGAAGAUCAAGUGUUCCAGGUGAGAGGGCAUGGUGGCUGUUUUUUGGAGAUCAGAUUCAGAGGCAAAUAUCUCAUCUCAAUGCACCUGCUGAAGAUCUGAAUGCACCUGCUCCCUGAUUAGCUGGCUGUUGCAAUUGCCAUUUUUUUGUAAAGGCCUAGACUGAUGUAACUUUAAGACUGGCCUAUUAAGUAUGCCAAACAGUGGCAUGAAGUGGCAAGAUUUGCCUUCUUUUGGUGGCAAAACUAGUUAAUGCCUGAAUGUGCUCAGUGACCUAGUUAACUGAA